ACAUACGAUAAUGAACUGAAAGAAGCGUGGAAUGCGUGCCGCGGAUAUCUGCGUUCACAGAAUCUGAAGGAAUUGAACCAGGCGUGGGAUUUGUACUAUAUCGUCUUUCGUAAAAUAUCGAAUCAGUUGCGACAACUCACUUCAUUGGAUUUGAAUUAUGUGUCGCCCAAACUAAUGAAAGCACAAAAUCUUGAAUUGGCUGUACCGGGAACGUAUGACCCCAAGGGUCCACUGAUUACCAUUGCAUCUGUUGGCAGUAAGUUACAGGUUAUCAGCUCAAAACAAAGACCGAGAAAAGUUACUAUCAAAGGCAGUGAUGGUCGUGACUACGCAUUUCUACUGAAAGGACACGAAGAUCCGCGGCAAGACGAGCGAGUGAUGCAACUGUUUGGAUUAGUUAACACUUUGCUACUGCACGAGUCAGAUACGUGUCGUAGGAAUCUAACAAUUCAACGCUAUUCAAUCGUAACGUUGAGUCAGAACAGUGGUCUGAUCGGGUGGGUGCCGAACUGCGAUACACUGCAUUCGUUGAUUCGAGAUUAUCGUGAGAAGAAGAACAUUUUGCUGUCAAUGGAACAUAAAUUAAUGCAAGCAUUCGCGAGCGAUCUCGAUCAGUUAACACUCAUGCAAAAAGUGCAGGUAGAUGCUUGA